AGGAACCAAUCUUAAGCAUGACGAUUUGAGUUGAUGAAGCAAGCAGCAACAACGACAAUCUAGCAAGCUAGCUUCUAUUCAAUCCCUUUCCGUGAGAAGAAUUGGAUACGAUAAUGGCUUCAGUCUCAGUUCAUCAGUUCGCUCCGUGCAUCACCUGUCAUGCUUGGAGCCCAGAUCAAUCCAUGAUAGCUUUUUGUCCCAAUAACAACGAAGUGCAUAUCUAUAAGAUGUUGGAAGGCAAGUGGGAGAAGAUCCAUGUUCUUCAUAAGCAUGAUCAAAUUGUUUCAGGAAUAGACUGGAGCAGACGCACGGAUCAAAUAGUUACUGUUUCUCAUGAUCGGAAUUCAUAUGUUUGGUCACAAGAAGCAUCGGAAUGGGUCCCGACUCUUGUAAUCCUCAGGCUAAACCGUGCAGCACUUUGUGUGCAAUGGAGUCCAAAAGAGAACAAAUUUGCUGUUGGAAGUGGAGCUAAAACUGUCUGUGUAUGCUACUAUGAGCAAGAGAACAAUUGGUGGGUCAGUAAAAUUAUACGUAAGCGGCAUGAUUCUUCUGUAACAAGUAUUGCUUGGCAUCCUAAUAAUAUAUUACUUGCAACCACCUCAACAGAUGGAAAAUGCAGAGUUUUCUCCACUUUCAUCAAAGGUGUAGAUACCAAGCACACUUCCAGUGGUUCUGAUUCAAAAUUCGGAGAGCAAAUCAUGCAGCUUGAUCUUUCACACAGUUGGACCUUUGGUAUCAGGUGGUCCCCAAGUGGAAAUACCUUAGCCUAUGCAGGCCAUGAUUCGAUGAUCUACUUUGUUGAGGAAAUUGGUCCCUCUCCAUCUGCUCAAAGUGUAGCAUUCCGAGAUCUGCCUCUUCGAGAUGUUUUAUUCCUUUCUGAAAGAAUGGUUAUUGGUGUGGGAUAUGAUUGCAAUCCCAUGGUAUUCACGGCCGAUGAAAGGGGACUAUGGAGUUUCUUGAGGUUUCUUGAUGAGAGGAAACAAACUUCAAAUGCAAAAUAUGAUUCGCAGUUAUCAGGGACAUUUGGAAAAUUGUACGGCCAAUCGAAGUCUGGUAGCAAUGAGUCCAAUGAGUCUUCAAGAAUACGUGCUCAUGAUAACUGUAUAACUUCUGUUGUGCCUUUGAAGAAAACAAGGGAUGCCACAGUUACUACCUUCACCACUGCAGGAUUGGAUGGCAAGGUAGUCACCUGGGAUUUACAAAAGCAACAAGAUCUGAUGGAAUAUUUACAAGGAUGAAGUUAAUAUUUUGCAUUUUCAGGAGCGUUAUGCUCAGAUGAUUGGUGCUCAUUGAUCUGUACACAGGUUCCUUCACUAGAUUGUUUGAGUUUAUUCACAAUUAAUAUAGUACUCAUGUUUUAAGAGCCUAAAAUUGAUCUAUUAUGUGUACAAUGUUUAUCACCCCUUCCCCCCUUUUUUCCUUAUGAUUUAUGUGUAUUUGUAAUGACUGGAAAAUAAAAUAAGUUGCCCAGUUAUUAGGUGUUUCAUACA